AUGGAUGACACGCUGAAGAGGAGCAUGAAGUUCAAAAUCAACUUGAAGGGAGUAAGGCAUGAAUCAGAAGACAAGUCACGUGAAAACAUGAUGAUGCUUGUGACUAAUCUCCGCUCAACAACCGCCGUUCAGAACUUCCACACAGAACUUCGCAGCCUCCGCAAUCGCCAGCAGACUGUAGAAGAGUUUAGUUGGGAAGAUGUGAAAGCUGAUAAACAUCAUGAAAACUAUUUAGGUCACAGUCUCAAAGCACCUGUUGGAAGAUCGCAGAAAGCUUCUUCUCCAAUGGCAUCUCCAAUGGCAGACGAGCCUACUCAUCUGAAAAUUGUAGUGAAAGUGAAUCUCAAUUGCUGUAAAGCAUCUCCAAAGAAAUUGGAGAAAGCAUUGUUGAAACUCACAGGGGUCUCUUCAUUCACUAUAAAUAUAGAGGAAAAUCUUGUAUCAGUCUCAGGGACAGUGCGUCCUGAUACAAUUAUCAAACUUAUUUAUGCAAAAUUAGCAAAAAAAGCAGAACUCGUAUCCUACGAGCCACAAUCUACAAAGGACGACGGGGUUAAACCUAAGAACACAAACACUGAGGAGGAAGACAAAGAUUUGAACAACAAAAGUAAAUCUCAACACAAGGGAAAAAUGCACAAAUCUUGCUGCUGUCAGGAUGGAAAGUGCCCUAAGAUGGAGAAUAAUGUGCAUAAAUGCGAAGAAUAUGCUGGACCCCCCGAGGUUAAAGAUUUUGUGUGCAGAGAUUAUUUCUGCAAAAUACAUCCAAGGAAUCGAACAAUUACUAAUAAGGUGCCUGAAAACGAAAGUAGUGCCAGACUGUAUGGCUAUAUGCCAAACUACGCGCAAGGGUAUAAUGGCGGACCAAAUCCUUGGUAUCCUAUUAGAGGCUCGUAUUAUCCUAGGUGGUACCCAGAGAGGCCACCGGCUCUAUAUGAAUAUUAUCAACCGCCAAGGAGGCCACCACCUUCAUAUGCUUCUUCUCCAAUGGUAGACGAGCCUACUCAUCCGAAUAUUGCAGUGAAAGUGAAUCUCACUGGCUGUAAAGCAUCUCCAAAGAAAUUGGAGAAAGCAUUGUUGAAACUCACAGCUUCUUCGCCAAUGGUAGACGAGACUACUCAUCCGAAUAUUGUAGUGAAAGUGAAUCUCAAUGGCUGUAAAGCAUCUCCAAAGAAAUUGGAGAAAGCAUUGUUGAAACUCACAGCAAAAAAAGCAGAACUCGUAUCCUACGAGCCACAAUCUACAAAGGACGACGAGGUUAAACCUAAGAACACAAACACUGAGGAGGAAGACAAAGAUUUGAACAACAAAAGUAAAUCUCAACACAAGGAAAAAAUGUACAAAUUUUGCUGUUGUCGGGAUGGAAAGUGUCCUAAGAUGGAAAUUUUGAGUUGCCUUUGA